CCCCGAUGUCCUCUUUGGAGCUUCAAUCCACAACUGCGGCGCGUCUUCACGGCGAAAUAAAGUCCUUCGAACAAUAGUGUCAUCGACCAUGAGCACACCCAACAAUAUCAAUAUCUAACGAUAGUGCUCUCUAUGGCUGCCUAUACCUCGCCCUCUCCGGCGAUCCUAGCCUCGUCUCUCAACAAUUCUCGUCGACCGCACCGAACCGCAGCGCGACCCUUAACAACCCGUGCUCACCCAAUACCGACUACAGCGCCCGGUAGUAACCAACAGUUCGAUCAAAGCAUGACUGGAGAUAGCUCAGACGAUGAAGAUCUUGCGCCGAUCAAAUUAAGUGCCGAAGCGCAAGCUAUAUUGGGCGAAGACAAUGAACAGUUGGGACAUGAGAAGGAAAACGUGGAACCAGGACCACACAGCGCGAAGCCGACCAGCACGGGGUACUCGCGGAGAAGAAGCAGAGGAACACCACUGGAAAUACUCAGAUCUUCAAGUCCACCUCAACAAAGAGACGGUAGUCCUGCCCCGCGGGUCGUUCGAGUCACCUCGGUCCCUCGCCCCAUGCAGCCCGGUAUCUUAGGGAGAGACGGAUCAUUUAUGUACAAAAUCCACGACAAGUCGACAGCAGGCGCUCAAACUGCACGUCAAGACUCACAGACGCCGGCACCCAGAGUUCGGCGUAUCCGCAUCAGCGAUGCUAGGCGGCUGUCGAGAUCUCCACCUUCAGGUGAAGAGGGAAGGGAGGAACCAGCCGAACAACCGCCUGAGACUUCAAAAAGGUCAACCAGCCCAAAAUCCAGUAUAAUACGAAGCAGCCUCGACGAGCAGAAUGCGGCUGCACCAUCGACAAUCAGUCGAUCUCGAAAAGCCGAUGAAAAUGGUGCUCAGAGUACCAUGCGAGUCCGACGAAUUGGAGGUGCGUUGCUCAACAAACCCGUAAGGAGAGGCAUGAUGCGUCGCCCCAGCGAAGACGAAGAUGUUCACAUGGAGCAUCAAGACCUGCCGCGCCCCGAUACUCCUGAGAUGGAAAUGGGUCGGCGGGCCAAAGAGCCCGAACUACAAGAUUUGCCAGACGACCUGCUUGCACUAAGAGGCAGCCCUGAACAGAUCAGACCAGCUAAGCAUUCGCCUCUGAAUACAUCUCCCAAACAAAUGGAUGGGGUCCUGUCGCGAAUUCCUUCGCCGCCACGACCAGGAUCUGCUCUCCAGGCCGACCCUACGCCCGCUGUGCGGGAUUCUCAGCCUUCAUCCAAAUCGUCAAGCUCUCAAAGAAGACCCGUCUUCAAGAUUCCACCUUUGCCAGCCCUUUCCUCAUCAGAAAACCAGGAAAAUGAGCCCCCGCCAACUUUUCGAAGGAGUAAACCAUCGGCUGCAAUCUUGGACAUUCAAGAAGACGGUGCUCCAUUGGACCAGAAGCCGGUUGAGCCUUCCUCAGGACACGCUUCGCCGUCUCGUCAGCCACUGGCUCCACGGUCUAAUAACACGCCUCAUCGACCGGCUCCCGCCCCACCGCCGAAAAUGUCGAUUCUUGAUGCGGCGACGUCAAACGCGGGCUCUCGCAACAAGAGAUCCGUUCACUACGUCUUGAAUGGAAAAACCUAUCGGCGGCUGGAUUGCAUAGGUCGGGGCGGAUCAUCAAGGGUUUUCCGAAUCAUGGCGGAGAAUUACAAGAUCUUCGCCCUCAAACGAGUCAAUCUCGAGGAAGCCGACAUGGCGGCAAUUGUAGGCUACAAGGGAGAGAUUGACCUAUUGAAGAAGCUCGAAAACGUGGAUCGCGUUAUCAGAUUAUACGACUACGAGAUUAACGAGGAAAAAGGAGUGCUCAGUGUCAUGAUGGAGCUAGGAGAGACCGACUUCAACAAAAUGCUGAACGAGCAGCUCAAGGUAGAGAAUGCCAAACUGGACAUCACUUUCACCAGGCACUAUUGGAAAGAAAUGCUGGAAUGCGUCCAGGCAGUGCAUGAUCACGACAUUGUUCAUUCAGACCUCAAGCCCGCCAAUUUCCUCCUCGUCAAGGGUCAACUCAAACUCAUCGAUUUUGGCAUUGCCAACGCCAUUCAAGAAAACACAGUCAAUGUGCAUCGGGAAAACCAAAUCGGCACGCCCAAUUACAUGUCUCCGGAAUCUUUGGUCUGUCACACACCAGCUACAGGAUCGCAGCAACCUCCUGGUACGAAACUGCUCAAACUCGGCAAGCCCAGUGACGUUUGGAGCCUGGGAUGUAUCCUUUAUCAAAUGACCUAUGGACAGCCCCCGUUCGCCCACAUCCAGAAGCAAUUCGAGCGCAUCAUGUCCAUCCCCAACCCGAAGGUCGAGAUUUCUUUCCCGACCACAGGCAUCGGCGGGUCCGUGGUUCCCUUCGGGCUCAUCAAGACCUUGAAACGUUGCCUCACACGAGAACAAUCCCUGAGACCCACGAUCAAAGAGCUCUUGUCCGAAACGGAUCCUUUCCUGAACCCUGUCGCUAUUUCGCCGGAGAUGCUGGGCCGAGUCAUCGGAAAUGUGGUGGGAUAUUGUCGACGAAGGGAGGAGGCGUUGAAAGCGAAGGGGGAAAUUGUGUGUAAAGAGGGUGAGGAGGUCAGUUGUCUGCCGAGUGACCAGGAGAUGGUGGGCUGGCCUGGGGCGUUUUAUGAGAAGUUGAGGCAGGCGAAUUUGGAGGGCACGGCAUGGUAGUAGUUUUGGAUUGAAUGAUAAUGCAGAAGAAGGAGCACGGGGAGCGAGGGCAACAAAAGAGGCAGCGUUGGAUAUUCGGCCGCUAUGUCCAUGGCCCAACACGGGUUUGAGGAACUCGUGUAAUUCCACUGGUUAUACCUUUCUUUGGGCGGCCUUCUUGAAGUCAGCGCAACUUUGGACUAAAUAGUCUUUAUGGUUCUCAAAAG